CUCUUGAUUCCUCAACUGCAGUUCUUAGACGAUGAAGGUGCGCAAGCUGAGCUUUGGGAGCUUUCUCGCGUUUUCUUGGAGACACUCAUUAAAGAAACUGGUUGUGAGAGAGUUAAAGCUGUGUUUCCAGAUGCCGGAGCUGCUGCGUUGCUAAAAUAUAAGUGGAAGGAUGCAGCUUUUGGAUUCGCUAGCUUAAGUGACCGUAAACCAGUGGAGAAAGAAGAUGAGAUUAUUGUCAUGGUUGUUCCUGAUUACCAAAUGCUUGAAUACGUUGAGAAAAUUGCAAAAGGGCUCGCUGAUGACCCGCCAAGGCCUCUGGUUAUGUGGAACCCUCGUCUUAUAAGCGAGGAAGUUGGGGUUGGGUUUAACGUGAGAAAGCUAAGGCGUUACUUCCUAAGUUCUUUUACUACGGUUUACUCGAUGAGACCUCUGGCUGCUGGUGCUGUUUUCAGGUGUUAUCCUGGUAAAUGGAAAGUGUUCUAUGACAAUAAAGACAGACCGGGCAGGUAUCUACUCGCCAAAGAACUCAUUGGUCGACCCGAUGCUGAGGAUCUCGAGAUUAUAUAUGGGAACGUGGAAGAGAAACCAGAUGAAGAGCCAUCUUUAUUGAGUCAAGCUGCUGGAAUUUUCUCAUCCAUUAACAGGUUCAUGAAAGCCAUGUGAAGAUAGAUGAUUUCUUCUCUCUCUCAAGAGUAGUACCGUUCCCACUAGUCUGGUAUUAUGAAUGUAACUAAAAGGGAAUGUUUGUAUAUCUUUUGUAUGCUAUUUACAUCAUAACGAAAUAGAAUACAUACUCGUAAGAGAGGUCUGUUACUUCUGUUAACCUCUCUGGCCUA